AGUCAUCCUCUUCAAUUGCCAAAAUCCUUCGAUUCAUUUUUAUUUCUCCUGAAAUCUCCAUUAAUUUCAAAUUCCCCAAUUCGUCAAUCCUUUUUCUGUCAUCCUUACUAGAUUUACAACAGCUUCAUCAAAUCAAAAUCUACACGAGUGCAAGGCAAAGGACCUUCAUCACCUUCAUCAAAUCACUUGCUUCUGACUUCUUCUCAGGCCGGUGACUUCUUCUUCAUCCUCUUUGUUAGUCUAUUACCAAAUCAUUGCCUGAGAGUUCUUGAAAGAAUUUUUAUCAGAAGCAACAAUGGAGGAGAAGAAACUAAAUUUAGAUGCUCCAUUCCUAUCCGUGAGGCGAGUUCCAACUAAACCAGAGAAUCCAAACGAAUCAGAGAACACCAAGAAGAAGACGACGACAACGAGAAGGAGAAAACUCAAAGAUUCGUGUCAAGAAACAGAGCAUGAAACUCUCAUUCGAUUAUUACAAGACCAGAGUUUCGACCAUGUAAUGGAACCAUCUUCAGUUCCUUUCAAAUGGGAACAAACACCUGGAAAGCCAAAGGAUCAAGAUACACUAAUCGAAGAAUUAGACCUAAUCAAAGCUUUGGAGAUGGUUUCUUCAACCGCAAGUUUCUCUGUUAAUUGCAGUUCAAGUGGAGUAAGUGAGUUCGAGAAGAAUGGAGAUGGAGACAGAUCGAGUUAUGAUGUAUCAAGAGAUGACGUCAUUCAUGAAUAUCGUGAUCUCAUCAUGUCGAGAUUUUUACCAGCCGCGGAAGCAAUCGCCUUGAAAAAGAAGAAAGAAGCUUCUCGAGUUAAAGAGGAGAAGAAGAAGAAACAGAGCAUUGCUCUACAGAGAGUCUCUAUGGCAAUUAAUCAAGAUUUGAACAACGAUGAUGAUGAUGAUUAUGAUCAUAAUCAUGUCGAUGGUAUUGAUGCAACGGUUUACUCAAAUGAUUCCAAGAAAGCUCAAUUAGGGUUCUUGCCAUGGUUCUGUUCCAAGAACUCAGUGGAUGUUCUUAAUCCGGUUCUUUCUCGGAUCAAGACAUGUCAGGAUACUGGAGUAAAAUCGGGGAAUAUCAUUAACCCGAAAUCGCUAGAUUCUGUUUACAAAACAAAAUCAGCAUCACCGAGAAUCUUGAAAUCAAACAAGGUUAUGAGUAAGUCUCAAGAAAUCAAUGCAACACCAAGAUUUUCAACAGAGAAAUCCAAAAAUUCUCUACCGAAAUCCGGCGAAACAUUCAAGAUCCCGAGAAAUCCUCCGAGGUUGCAACGAACAACCGAUCAGAAUCAGAGACAAGAAAUUAGGUUUCUUGUGGAAGAAGUAAAGAGAAGGAGCAACAGAAACAAAAACAGGUCAGAAAAUCUCUCUGUUUCUCAACCUCCAUUGCCUAAAACUCCUUCAGAGUCGUGGCUUUGCCGGACGCUUCCUAGAAGCUCGACCACCUCCUCCGUAGUCUCCGGCCAAUUUGCCGUCGUCGUCUCCGGUCAAGCCGCCCGUUUCAAGAAGAAGAUGGAGCAAAAGACGGAAUCUCAGUCUAUACAUUGGGAGACGAUUGUGAAAACAUCGAAUACACACCAUGAUCAUGUUCGCUACUCAGAGGGGCUUAUUGUUGUUCAUCCUACUCGUCAACAUAAAUUCUGAAAACCGGAAUAGUUUUUACUUCAUACCGAGUUUCCUUUUUUCCGGUACAGAAAAUUUGUUACAUAUAUAUUGUACAUGAGAUCAUGAUGUUGGAUAAAUCGGAAUUUCGUGU